AUGGUGACCAACUACUCUGUUUUUCCUAAUCUAGGGUAUGACAUUUUCGACAAUGGAAGUGCUGGAGGUAACGUUUCCGGCGAUAUGGAAUCAGAAUCAACUGGACCGUUUACUCUCGUGGAGAGUAUUGUGAUUGGGACCAUUCUGUCUCUGGUCAUUAUUCUGGCCAUUGCAGGAAAUAUCCUGGUCUGUGUCGCUGUGUUUACGGACCGGAGAUUAAAACACCUCAACAAUCUAUUCAUUGUGUCACUAGCUAUCGCAGAUCUCCUAGUGGCUAUACUUGUGAUGACUUUUGCUGUCGUAAACGAUAUACAAGGGAGAUGGCUUUUCGGUUCCGUGUUUUGCAAUAUUUGGAUUUCAUCUGAUAUCAUGUGUUCAACCGCUUCCAUCCUUAAUCUGUGUGUUAUAAGCUUAGACAGAUAUAUUCACAUCCGUGAUCCGUUACGGUAUGAGGCAUGUAUGACUUGGAAGAAAGUUGCUGCAAUGAUUUCGUCAGUUUGGAUUAUGUCUCUUAUAAUAUCCUUUGUUCCUAUUCACUUAAAUUGGCACAAAAAUCCGGAGGAUCAAGGAAAACCUCCUGAUGAAAAUUCUUGUAUGAUGGAUUUGAACCGAGCCUACGCAGUAGUGUCCUCCACUAUCAGUUUUUAUAUCCCACUUAUUGUUAUGUUAGCUAUUUAUAUCCAGCUUUAUGCAUAUGCACGAAAACAUGCUGCCAGCAUUAAAAAGAUCAACACGCCUUUAUCACAAGACCGUUUUAACAAUUCCAACGGUAAAAGUAGCGGAUCGAAGAUGUCCGACCACAAAGCUGCCGUAACACUUGGUAUUAUUGUUGGAGUUUUUCUUUUCUGCUGGUUGCCUUUCUUUAUAAUGAAUCUGAUAGCAGCUUUUUGUGAAUGUGUUAUUCCAGGAGCGGUGGUCAGCGUUCUAACCUGGUUAGGUUAUGCCAAUUCAUUUUUGAAUCCAAUCAUAUAUAGUAUCUUUAAUAGAGAUUUUCGAGAAGCUUUCAAACGAAUUUUAUUCCCCAAAUCAUGCAAGUGUAUUGAAAAUCGACGUCAUAAUAAUGGAUUUAAUCACCGGAGUCCAAGAAAACAAAUGAACAAAUCUGAAUAUAUUAUGCAUACAACAGAAAAUGGUUCUAGAAGGGACUGUAAAGAACCACUUUGCUCAGAAAUGACAGCUUUAUAA